CUUGCCUUCUUCAUCAGACAAAUAAUACACGGUGAUAUUUGGACAGAACACAUCGAAUCCGGACAAGACCCUACAAGAAAAUGCCCUCAAGCAUUUACUAAAUUUCUUUGAUAUUUUUCAAUACCAUAUAUAUAUCCAGCCCUUUUAAUCAGUUUUCCACUAUAAAGACCACAAAUCAUCACCUAUCAAACAGAGGCACUCAUCUCUCUCACUCUCUGCAUGCAACCAGAGAUGGUUAGUAUGCAGAUAAUUCUGUUGGCUUCAGCUCUUCUGGUUUUUGGGGUGUUUAUGAAUUCUUCAUGGGCAGAAGAAAAGCUUGUAAAUCUGACCAGGUUGCAGAUGUUUGUGGAUGAUCUACCUGACAUGCCCAGAAUCCAAGGCUUUGAGGUUGUCAAUGGCGUUCCAAAACCCAGGUCAUUCAAGAUUGGCAUGUACGAGAAGAAAUGGAAAUUCCACAGAGACCUACCGGCAUCGACGGUGUACGCCUUCGGUACAAGCAAGCGCACAGCAACUGUCCCUGGUCCAACAAUCGAGGCCCUCCAUGGGAUUUCCACCUUCAUUAGGUGGCAAAAUAAUAUCCAUUCAACCAAACACAUCCUCCCUUGGGACCCCACCAUUCCGACAGCCGUAGCUUCCACCAAGAAGGGCAUUCCUACCGUGGUGCACCUACACGGCGCCAUCGGAGAACCCGAGAGUGACGGAAAUGCAAACGCAUGGUUCACCGAGAAAUUCGGAGACCGUGGUCCCACUUGGUCAAAGAAAACAUAUCGCUACAUUAAUCAGCAACAGCCCGGAAACCUAUGGUAUCAUGACCAUGCCAUGGGGUUGACCAGAGUCAACCUCUUGGCCGGUUUGCUGGGGGCCUAUAUCAUCCGGAAUCCGGAUGUUGAGGGUCCGCUCGGACUUCCUCGUGGUGAAUUUGAUCGUACGUUGGUGGUUUUCGACCGUGCAUUUAGCACCGAUGGUUCGAUAUACAUGGAUCCCACAGGAAACAAUCCCUCCAUACACCCACAAUGGCAGCCGGAGUACUUUGGCGACGCGAUUAUUGUAAACGGAAAGGCGUGGCCAAAAUUGACGGUACGACGUCGUAAAUACAGGUUCCGAAUCAUCAACGCCAGCAAUGCAAGAUUCUUUAAAUUCUUCUUCACCAACGGGCUGAGAUUCAUCCACGUGGGAGCUGACUCAGCAUACCUUGGAAAACCUGUUGCCAGCAGGGACAUUUUAGUGGGGCCAUCUGAGAUCACUGACGUGGUAGUUGACUUUUCAGAGUCAAAGACUAACAAUGCUAUCCUAGCCAACGACGCUGCGUAUCCUUACCCCUCCGGCGACCCGGUCAACGAAGCCAAUAGCAAGGUCAUGAAGUUUUGGAUUCUCGGCCACUCAGAGGUUGACACGUCGCGUGUUCCGGAGAAGCUUAUCCACUACCCUGCUCCUGAUUUAUCCAGUGCUUCGCAGACUCGCUACAUCGCCAUGUACGAGUACACUAGCGACAUUGAUGAGCCGACGCAUCUGUAUCUGAAUGCCAAACCCUACGAGGCUCCGGCGACCGAGACCCCCAAAGCGGGGACGACGGAGAUUUGGAACGUGAUCAAUCUGACGGAGGACAAUCACCCGCUGCACAUUCACCUUGGGUUGUUUGUUGUACUGGAUCAGACUGACUUCGAGAAGGUGGAGGAGUUCAAAGAUUGCAUGACUAAGCUAAACGACGCUGUCAAGUGCCAGAUAAGCAAGUAUGCACGUGGCAACAAGACGGAGGUGCCAGCUCACGAGAAGGGGUGGAAGAACGUUUUCAAGAUGAGACCUAGUGCUGUGACAAAAAUUCUGGUCAGAUUUGCUUACAUACAUUCGAAUGCAUCCUAUGAAUUCGACCCGACUGCCGAGCCUGGUUACGUAUACCAUUGCCAUAUCUUAGAUCAUGAAGACAAUGCGAUGAUGAGACCAUUGAAAAUAAUCCGUUGAGAAUUGGACACAGUCAAAUUAUAGGUUUUUGAAUAAUCCAUCAGGAACUCCCACUCCAAGCUAGGUGGUGUUUUUGUCACAGAAGUAUUUUAAUUUACAAUAUGCUUGAUUAGGUUGUCCAAAUAUUAGCAAUAAAACUCUGUUUCUCUGCUACUCUGGCAAGCAAAGAUGUAAUCAUAUAGGUUGCAAAUAGAUAUUUUAAAAAGGGUUUUUCGUA